AUGGAGCAAGAGGGAAUGGCUUCAGACUGCUGCAGGUUUCUUACCUUUUCGGAGCGCUUAAGCAAUGUUAAUAUCGAUAUUAUUCAUCGGAUCGACAGAACUGGAAGCUAUGCUGAGGAAGUUGAAACCUACUUUUUUGAAGGUCUACGGAAAUGGAAGGAACUGAACCUCACUCAGCAUUUUGUGCAAUUCUACAGUGAAGUGGCCAACAAAUGCCAGUCCUUUAACCAGCUGGUCUAUUACCAGAAUGCCAUUGUGCAGAGCUUGAAGACACAUUUGCAAGUCGAAGGCAGUCUUGCUUAUCAACCGCUAUUAGAUCUGGUGGUGCAGCUGGCUCGAGAUCUUCAGGCUGAUUUCUAUCCUCAUUUUCAUGACUUUUUCCUGGCCAUCACUAAGUUAUUGGAUACACAGGACACAGAGCUGCUGGAAUGGGCUUUUACUUCUCUUUCCUAUCUCUACAAAUACUUGUGGAGAUUGAUGGUGAAGGACAUAGACAACAUAUACAGCCUGUACAGCGCCCUGCUGGCUCAUCACAAACUUCACAUCAGAAACUUUGCUGCUGAAAGUUUUGUCUUCCUAAUGAGAAAGGUUUCUGAUAAAAAUGCAAUCUUCAAUUUAAUGCUUCGUGACCUGGGGGAGCACCCUGAGAAGGUGGAAGGUGUAGGACAGCUACUUUUUGAGAUGUGCAAGGGUGUUCGAAACAUGUUCCACUCUUGUACAGAGACGGCUAUGAAGUUAAUUCUGUUAAAGCUGGGACCUAUCACUGAAGAAGAAAUUGAGCUACCAUGGGUAACUGUAGGAGAAGCCUUUGAGCAGAUGAUCAGAUCAGCUGUACUCCAUAUCCAUAAGCAGCAUUUUGACAUUGUCUUCAAGUGCCUGGAGGAGUCACUCUUGGACUUGCAGAGGAAGAUAACUAAGGCCAACUGCUCUGUGGCUUCAGAGCAGAUAGAAAGGAUUUUGCAAGCUUAUCUGAUCCUAGUGGAACAUGCAAAUGGAUCCAAAAUCUCACUGCCUGAAGAUGUCUGUCGGAUUUUAGUAAAAAUGUUACGAACACCAGAUCUCUCAUCAUCUUGCUGUAAGACCCUUCUGAACACCAUUUCUUUUUUUUAGAAUGUUUUGUUGCCGGAUUCUUUGACCAAGGAAGCUAUUGAGAAGGUAUUUGCAAGUGGAUUUGAACGGCGCUUGCUUUUGGACUUCUCUGAAGCAAUGUUCACAAUGAAGCAGUUUGAGAGGCAUUUUCUUCCAUGCUUUUUAGAGUACAUUGAGCAUUGCUUCUCUGGCACAGAUGCCCUUGCAAAAGAUGAGGCGAUGGCAAUUCUGGCGAAACUCAUUCUGGUGAAAGCAGAGCCUCCUACUGUUGGUUCUAUGGCAUUUGAAAAGUAUCCUCUCAUUUUCACUGCAUCAUCUGUCAGCUCUAAUACAAGGCAACAAACAAGUAAAAGACAAGGAGGAAAAGCAGAAGUACCGGUGUUGGAUCAUGUACUGUCUUUAAUCCGUUUACCGGACAAGGAAGACAUCACUGACCUUUCACAGCCAUGGGUUGCCUUGGUUGCACUGCCACAUAUUAGACCAAUGGACAAAGUGAACAUUCUGCCCCAUGUGACAAGUUUUACAGACUUUCUCUUCACAUCCAUUGAAAAAGGAAGCCUCUGCAAAGGAAGUCUGUUUGUGGCCUGCCAAGCUGUAAGUACUCUUCUUAGUUUGGCAGAGUCUUCUGAAAUACUCCAUUUGUUACCUGUGGAGCGUGUCAAGAGCUUGGUGAUCACUUUUCCUUCAGACCCCUCUGUGUUGCUCUUGGCUGAUCUCUAUUACACAAGGCUGGCGCUGUGUGGCUGCCAGGAACCCCUUUCCCAAGGGAACCUGAUGGACUUGUUUGAGAAGUUGCAUCCUAAUAUUUCCACUGGUGUUUCCAAGGUCCGGCUGUUGACUAUUCGUAUUCUAAACCAUUUUGAGAGUCCACCUUCCGCCCAGAUUGAGGGUGAUGGCCUAGGAGAACUCCAGCCAGUAUUUUCCAUAUUGCUCCAAGCAGAACUUGUGCCAGCAACAGUGAAUGAUUACAGAGAGAAACUUCUCCACUUGAGGAAACUAAGAUGUGAUAUAGUGCUGUCUGCAAUACCAAGUGGAUCUUUGCAGGAGGUGCCUCUUCGGUAUUUACUGGGAAUGCUUUAUAUUAACUUCAGCCCUCUCUGGGAUCCUGUAAUUGAACUUAUAACUUCUCAUGCAAAAGAAAUGGAGAAUAAACAGUUCUGGAAGAUCUUAUAUGAACAUUUGGAGAGGGCUGCUACCUUUGCUGAAAUGGAGCUGCAAAAUGAACUAGAUGAACAGGAGGAAAGCAUUGCUGAAACGGAAAGCAAGAUGCCAGAAGGAGGGGUGGGGACUCUAUUCCUGGAGCAACUGAGGACUAGAACAGACUGCAGUGAGCGCCUGGACCACACAAAUUUCCGUUUUCUGCUGUGGAAAGCGCUGGAGAAGUUUCCAGACAGAGUGGAGCCUAGGUCGAGGGAACUUUCCCCACUUCUUUUGAGAUUUAUUAGAAAUGAGUACUACCCAGCAGAUUCAUUAGUGGCUCCAUCUCAGGAUCUUAGAAAGAAAAGUAGUGAUACAGCAGCAGCAAAAGAAAUAGCUGAUGAAGAGGUGAAUGACGUAGCUAUGGAGGAGGAGGAAGAGGAAGAAGAAAAGGAGGGAGGGGAGCCGAUUACUGUAGGACUACCAAAAAAGAAAAGAAGAGCUGCUGCUAAACAACUGAUAGCCCACUUGCAAGUUUUCUCUAAAUUCUCAAAUCCUCGUGCAUUGUAUCUGGAGCAGAAGCUGAACGCAUUGUAUACCCAGUUACUGUCCCAUCAAGACCAGAAUGUACAGAGAAUAGCUCUUGACUGUAUAAUGACGUACAAACAUCCUCAUCUGCUGCCAUACAGGGAGAACUUGCAAAGACUACUGGAAGACAAGAGUUUUAAAGAAGAAAUAGUCCAUUUCAGUAUUUCUGAGGAGACUGCAGUAGUAAAAAUGGAGCAUCGAUCAGACCUCAUCCCUGUUCUUAUGAGGAUUCUCUAUGGCAGAAUGAGAAACAAAACAGGGAGCAAAACACAAGGCAAAUCUUCAGCGAGCACUCGCAUGUCGAUUGUUCUGCGAUUUCUUGCUGGCUCACUGCCGGAAGAAAUACGGAUGUUCUUGGAUCUGCUCUUUGAAGCUGUGAAGCAAUUCAGUAACGGGCCUUGCCAGGCUGCAGUGCUUCGAAGUAUGUCAGAGUUGGAUUUAGCUAAAGUCCUGCCUCUUGGGCGUCAGCAUAGCCUCUUCAACGGUCUUGAAGUUGUGUUGAAAAACAUGGGACAUUUGAUCCAUCAGUACCUGCCUGAAAUCCUACAGAUUCUGCUCUGCAUGACGGCUGUGGUAUCCUGCAUCCUCCAGCAAAGAGAGAAGGUCCAACCUAGGUUGAUUAAUCCACUGAAGAAUUUGAGACGUCUUGGGCUCAAGCUUGUGGUGGAGUUUUUUUCUGAUUAUGAGACCUACAGCUUUAGUGUGGAAGAGAUUGAUGCUGUUUUCCAUGCAGUGGUAUGGCCUCAGGUCUGCAGAUUGGCUUCAGAGAGUCAAUAUUCUCCAACUUUUCUGCUCAAACUCAUUCACACCUGGAGUAAGAAUCCCAGGUAUUUCACCUUGCUAGCCAAGCAGCAGCCGGAUCACCCAGAGUGUGAUAUAUUGUCAAAUGUGUUUGCUGUGCUGUCAGCCAAGAAUCUAUCUGAGGCCACAGCCAGUCUUGUGAUGGACAUAGCUGAUAGCCUUCUCAACACCCCAGAUUUUGAGCCCACGGAGCAGGCUUCCAGUCUGAGCGUGACUGACUGUGUUGUUGUGGUCACUGGAGCCGAGACAGAAGAGCCCCUCAGCCUAGGUUGCCGCUUGGUUCUGCCUCAUGUUCCUGCCAUACUUCAGUACUUCAGCAAAACAAUGUUAAGUGUGGAGAAGGUGAAAAAGAAGAAGUACAGAGCUCAAGUCAGCAAAGAGCUGAGUAUACUUUCCAAGGUCAGCAAAUUUAUACAAGAAAAGAGUCAGAAUUCAGUGCUUGUGAGCCUUCUCCUCCCUUUCCUUUAUCAAAGUAACAUGGAGCAGGCUACAGAGAUUGACAUUCUGGAAACCGUGCAGAACUUGCUGAGGCAUUGCUCAAACCCUACAAGCUUUCUCAGACCACUGGCAAAGCUUUUUUCUGUCAUCCACAACAAGCUGUCUCGACAUAAGUUGUGCUUGGUAUUUCAGACUUUAUCUGAUUUGGACAAUGAAUUGAAGUAUAUUACUGAUGUUGUUAAGCUGAAUGCCUUUGAUAAACGACAUCUUGAGGAUAUCGACUUUGAUGUACGGCUGUCAGCAUUCCAGUCAAUCACAGCCCACAUCAAGGAAAUGCAAGCACUGGAUAUCGACUUCCUCAUCCCCGUUAUGCACAACUGCUUCUAUACCAUCCAGCUAGGGGAUAUGGCUCUUAGUGACAACGCAAGCCUUUGCUUGAGCAGUUUGAUCCAGCGACUGGCAGAAAUCGAACACACAGAAGAUGACUACAAGUUGCUAAUCCAGCACACUCUCCUGGAGUCUGUGAGAAAGGGGCUGAAGAGUAAGACUGAG